CCCGAGCAGCAGGCGCACACCGCACUGCCAAAAGUCUGCAUUAGCGGCUCCAAACGCAAGCUCCGAGAGACAUAUGCACUGCUCAGUGGGAGUGCAGCAAGUUGUAAGACUGUGUGUGUUAGAGGUUUUAAUGUUAAGAGAAAAAAACAUUAUUUGCCAGAGACCGACAUAUCGGCUAAACGCCUCUAUUUUAUUCGCUAGCUCUCUCAAUUACAAACAACCACUGCACCGUCUGCGUUAAGUAAAAAGCGUUACCUGGCAUGCGAACACAAUUUACAAGGAGAUAAACUGUUUACUGGCUUAAGAACAUUCUAGUCAGAGGUAGCCGGAAAAAGGAGAGUAUUUUUGAGAAACACAAGGGGGGCUAUAUCAUCAGUGACGCUCGUUUACAGAGCGCGUCUGAGUGCGUGUGUGUAAGCACCUGGUACCAGUCUCUAUAGUAUAGGGAUAAGAAAAAAACAAUUCUGAACUCUGUCUCCCUUCUGUUAUUGUGCAUAGAGCCUGCAAGAGGAGAGCUUUCUCCUGUGGAGGAUGCCUAACAGGCUGAAGACGCAGUCCUGAAGAUUGAUGGAGGGCCAUGCUAUUCAAACAGCAGGCGUUGCUGAGACAGAAGCUCUUUGUGCUAGGCAGCCUUGCUAUUGGAAGUCUCCUGUAUCUAGUUGCCAGAGUUGGGAGCUUGGAUAGGCUCCAGCCUAUUUGCCCCAUAGAAGGUCGGUCAGGCUCCCACAUCUCUGAGCAAAUCCCCCUGCGCACCCUACAGUUCCAGCGUGGCCUGCUGCACGAGCUUAGGAAAGGCAACGCCAUGAUGGAACAGAUUCGACUUCACAACCUGGUCCAGCAGCUCCCACAGGCGAUCAUCAUUGGAGUGCGGAAAGGGGGCACCAGAGCCCUGCUGGAGAUGCUGAACCUGCACCCAGCUGUGGUCAAAGCCUCCCAGGAGGUCCACUUCUUUGAUAACGACCCCAACUACGCCAAGGGCAUCGAAUGGUACAAAGGGAAGAUGCCCUUUUCUCACCCGCAUCAAAUCACCAUAGAGAAAAGCCCUGCCUACUUCAUCACUGAGGAAGUCCCAGAACGAAUCUUUAAAAUGAACUCAUCUAUCAAACUGCUUCUUAUCGUGAGGGAGCCCACGACCAGAGCCGUUUCUGAUUACACACAAGUGCUGGAGGGCAAGGAAAGGAAGAAUAAGACCUACUACAAAUUUGAGAAGUUAGCCAUCGACCCCAACACCUGUGAGGUCAACACGAAGUACAAGGCGGUGCGCACCAGCAUUUACACAAAACAUUUAGAGAAGUGGCUCAAAUACUUUCCCGUCGAACAGUUUCAUGUCGUGGACGGAGACAGGCUCAUAACGGAUCCCUUGCCAGAGCUUCAGCUUGUGGAGCAAUUCUUAAAUCUCCCCCCAAGGAUUAGUCAGUUUAACUUGUACUUCAAUGCCACCAGAGGGUUUUACUGCUUGCGAUUUAACAUUGUCUUUAACAAGUGCCUGGCAGGUAGCAAAGGGCGAAUACACCCAGACGUGGAUCCCUCUGUUGUUACCAAACUGCGCAAGUUUUUUCACCCUUUUAAUCAGAAGUUUUACCAGAUCAUUGGAAGAACAUUUAACUGGCCAUGAAGCUAAAUGUUUACAACAAUGACGCUGGACUAUCAGAUCUUUAAAAAAAAAUGUCUGUUGCAAACUACAAAAAAGCACUUUUAUUAUUAAAAUAAAGACAAGCAAAUUAUGAUGCGACCAAAUAUGAAAUGGGAUCAAUGUUUGUUUUAUUUAUUUAUUUAUAAAAUAUAUUGGCAGUUUAAAUGUCUAAAUUCAUUAAUAUUUUAAGUGACCAUUCUAACCAUAUAACACAUAUUUACUGUUUAAAAUGACAGAUUUGUAGAUUUCCAUUUGUGUCUGUACGUGAUUGUAAUCUAUGUCUUUAAGAACACUUAAGUGUUUAUUUUGUAAAAGAAAACAUCAGCCCAGAUUUUCAACAUUUGCAAUUUGUAGCAGAAGAUAGAUAAUGUUGCUCAUACAACAUUUUGAAAAAUACAUUACCCUCUAAAAACAAACAAAAAAUAUUUGAUCUGCACAAAAUAAAGUGUCUUUGUACUAAGACUCAAACACAAUUUUGCUUCAGGGCAAAUAUAGGGCUGUAGACAAUUCUGCAGGUUUUUUUGUUGUUGAGAAAAAGCCAUGUUAAAUAGCAAGUCACCGUUGCUAUUUUUAAAAUCAUUCUGACGUGGGCUGUUUGAUAGUAAAAUGCAUGACAGAACGUUGAGACAUGAGCUAAGCUCCACUGGGGGGAGGGGGAGGGGGAGGGGGAGGGGAGGGGGAGGGGAGGGGAGGGGGUACGACGGACAGUACUGGGGACAAUAUAGAUGUAUUCAUCUACCUUCUUUUUAUUUUAUUUAGUUUUAACUUAGUCCUUUAUUUUGCCUUUCAUAGUAUUUUAUAGUAUUAUGUCUCUUAUUUCAAUCUAUUCCACACAAGGAACUGUUUACACGAAUACUGCUUAUCUGAAACUGUAUGUCAUAAGGAGCAAUCAGCAAUAAUUAUUAACACCUGGCAUCAUAAAUAACAAACAUUCACCCAUCACUUGUAAAUCGUAAUACAUUGUGUGGCAAUGACACUAAGCUUGGUUGCUAAAGCAUUUUUACUGCUUAUUUCUAGCAUGUGCAGAAACACUGUAUCAUGGCCAGCUAUUGCAACUAGUUUGUUUUGUUGGUAACUGGCAUUCACAGCAAGACCAGGAAGUCAAAUUGAACUUUUUGACAUAUUAAAACAAUACAUUUUUAAAGUUAAAAAAAAAAAAACACAAAACGAUAUGAUAAAAUCUUGUGUUUUAGCUCCAUUCAAGCUUUCAUAAAUACAUCUAUGGGCUGUUGUUUAAAGAAACGUUGAACAUUUUUAUUUUCAGGCAUCCAGGUUUUAUUCAGACAAACACAAAAUUGCAGUGACAGGUGGCCGCCGCUAGGCUACCAGCAAGGAUAGCCCUAGUGCAGGAGGACAUACAUAGACAUGUUGUAAUCAAAAAUAAUAACUCAAACAAUGCAAAACUAAACACAGUGGGAAAACAGCUAAAAACAAGUUUGCCAAACACUGGUUUAGCGCUGCUCCAGAUCCUACUCCCUGACACACUAAAGCAGAAUCCCCUAAAUGAAUCCCUACACAGUUCACUCACGCUGGCUCUCCACACAGUUGUGAGGCUGCAAGUUUGCUGGAACUAGAACAAAAAAAUAAAAAUAAAAAGUCUUUCCAGCUCCUUUUUUAUACCAUGUGGCUGGGCUUAAUUGAUUAGUCAAUUAAGAUCCAGCCACAUUCCACACAUGGAUUUGGCAGAGAUAGGUUUAACCCCAUCCCUGCCAAACUUAAAUUCACAACUUAUCUAGUACACACUUAAUUUCAAUAUUUUGAAACUUUACAUAUACACAACAAUACAUUAUUUACAUGUGCAGGGCUUUUGCCCUGCCACAAGGCCUGUAUGAGUAUGCAACUUAUUGAUAAGUAUUUUGGCAAACGUGAAGAGCAUCAAAAUAAACUUAUCACUAUUAUAACACAUUUAUUUUCGAAAAAAAUAAGGUAUAUAAAUGAUGGACAUUGACAAAAUGUUUGGUUCUUUUUAAUCACUCGAUCAUUCAUCCUUGACCAUGACAUGCUUGAGUGACUAUGACUGAAGCAUAUGCACUUAAUCACCUAAUUAGUGAGAGAGUUGAUUGGACACAGGAUAUGGAGUGAUUUCAGCUGUUGAAUUGUAAGCUUGAAUAAAAGCAAUAAAGAAAAUCACAGAAAAAAAAACAAUAUGCCAUGUCGGUCAAGAGAGCAGCGCCUUCAUGCAAUCAGCAUGUUGGAGGCUGGACCAGGGCAGCGCACUGUGGAUCGCCGUCUUGGGUGCUCACAGCCAGCAAUUUCAAACCUGGCGAGACGGUAUAACCAGACACACUCUGUCAAUGACAGACCACAAACUGGGAGACCAAGAGUCACAACAUCUGCCCAAAAUCGACAGAUCAUUUUGCAGCAUCUUUGUGAUGUCAAUUGUUAAUCAGCACAAUAAAAAGUCACUGCUAGUGAAUUUUAUCCAAAUAUAAGUGAUAUGUUUCUUUUGAUGCUCAAAUAUAAGUGAUACGUUUCUUUUGAUGCUCAAAUAUACAUGAUACGUUUCUUUUGAUGCUCAGUAUAUGUUUAUAUCAAAAAGAACAAGUCCAUGCAUUUUUUUAUACCAACAUUACUGAUUUAAUUGUUUCAACACUUAUUUGUGAACUAAAUUGUAUGUAUAAUGUGGUUUAAAUAUUCUUCAUUUCUGUGCAAAGAAGUCAUUUCAAGAAUAUGGAAACGGAAACUACAGAAACUAACGCGCACCCACACAUUUAUCAUCAAUGUUAAUUAUAAAUGUAUUUAUCAAACCUG